CCGGUAGCUCAGAGCCCGGAUGGAGCAGCCAUUGGGGAAGUGUGCGGGGCUUUAACGUAACCGAGGAGGACUCUCUCUGUGGAAUAAAAAAAAAGAGACUAAGUAAAAGCCGAACGGAGACGUACAUUUACAAAGAUCCACCGGGAGCCACACGGUGAUACGCACUUAAGCUCGGAAAAAACUAAACUCGGAUCGGAAACCUUUGGGAUACACAAUCCGUCUGACUUGAACUGUGGAAGUUGGGAGAAUACUCAGCUGAGCCUGCGCUACAACUACUAGCCAUAAGCUAAGCGGCGCUGUUAGCCCCGAAGCUAACUCAAACUGAGCUGUGAACUUGCUUCCAAAUCACGGGGGUUGAAAUUUAGUCACAGGCUCGGGCUCCGUGAGAAAUCCAGGGACUUGCUUAAUGAAUUAUGUCUACCACAAGCAUUGACCCUCAGAGACCAAAGGGACAAGUGUCUAAAGUGCAAAAUGGUUCGCUGCAUCAGAAGGAGACUGUCCAUGACAAUGACUUUGAGCCAUACCUUCCUGGUCAAUCUACUCAGAACAACAGCUACCAGUCCAUCACCGAUCCCUACAUGUCUAGCUACUAUGCUCCCUCCAUUGGAUUUCCUUACCCGCUGAGUGAGGCUCCUUGGUCCACAGGUGGAGACCCCCCGAUUCCUUACCUCACUCCCUAUGGACCUCUGAGCAAUGGAGACCAUCACUUCAUGCCGGACACCGUGUUCGGCCAGCCAGGAGGACUGGGAAGCAGUAUCUACCCCCACAGGUUUAACUUUUUUCCUGAAAACCCUGCUUUUUCUGCCUGGGGCACAAGUGGCUCCCAGGGCCAGCAGACUCAAAGUUCAGCUUAUGGUGGCAGCUAUAGCUAUCCUCCCAGCUCCCUGGGGGGCACUCUGGUGCCUGAUGGUCAGACAGGGUUUCACAGUGACACCCUGAACAAAGCUCCUGGUAUGAACAGCCUAGAACAAGGGAUGGUUGGUUUGAAGAUUGGAGGGGAUGUUACUGGUCAGGGGUCAGGAGUUAAGGCAGUGGGAUCUGUGAUCGGUGGACCUGCAGUGGCAGCCACAGGGAAUGGAGCCACGCCUAUAGGGAUGCCUCCACCUAAACCCACCAGCUGGGCUGCCAUUGCCAGCAAGCCUGCCAAACCUCAGCAGUUGAAAUCAAAGGUGAAGCCAGGAAUGCCCAAUCCAGGGGGGGCUCUUCCCCCACCGCCCAUUAAACACAACAUGAAUAUCGGUACCUGGGACAAGGGCCCAGUCACUAAAGUAGCCCCAGCCGCACUGCAGCAGCAACAACAACCUCUAGGGCUGCCUCAUGGCAUGGCACCUCAAGGACCCAUGCAGCAAGGACCCAUGCAGCCCCCUCCCCAAUCAUUAGUGCAGCCCCAAAUGCAGCCUAUGGCCUUACAGCCUCCACACCACCAGCACCAUCAGCCACCGCCUCAGCCCUACCAAAACCAUACCCAGCCACCUCAACCCCAGACCCGCUGGAUAGCGCCACGCAACCGUAACCAAGGCUACGGGCAGGGUGGGCUUGGCCAGGAUGGGAGUGGCAUGAUGGGAGUUGUUGGUGGUGGGAACAACGGCCCCCAAACAUCUGCGAGUCAGGGACCUGGUGGAGAAUCCCACCCUGUGCUGGAAAAGCUGCGUGCCUCCCAUAGCUACAACCCCAAGGACUUUGACUGGAACCUGAAGAAUGGCCGUGUUUUCAUUAUAAAGAGCUACUCUGAGGAUGAUAUUCAUCGCUCCAUCAAGUAUUCCAUCUGGUGCAGCACGGAGCAUGGCAACAAGCGGCUGGACUCAGCCUUCCGUGCAAUGAAUGGUAAAGGCCCGGUGUACCUCCUGUUCAGUGUCAAUGGCAGUGGUCAUUUCUGUGGUGUGGCAGAAAUGCGCUCGCCAGUGGACUACGGGACCAGCGCUGGCGUCUGGGCACAGGACAAGUGGAAGGGCAAGUUCGACGUGGACUGGUUGUUUGUUAAGGACGUGCCUAACAGCCAGCUGCGCCACAUUCGUCUGGAGAACAACGAUAACAAGCCGGUGACCAACUCCCGUGAUACCCAGGAGGUUCCUCUGGAGAAGGCCAAGCAGGUGCUGAAAAUCAUCGCCACCUACAAACACACCACCUCCAUUUUUGAUGAUUUUUCUCAUUAUGAGAAAAGGCAGGAAGAGGAAGAGGAGGUGCGCAAGACUUUUGAACCUGCUCAGAUACAGAGCCGCUCUCGAUUGGAUCAGGAGCGCCAAAACAGGAAUAAACAAUAGAGGACAUUUAUCCCUGGCUUGAUCAUUUACAUUAGGACUUGAUUUAAAGACAGAAGAAUAUGAAAUGCAACCAAGCCCCUCAUUUCUAUUUUCUAUUUAAUCCUGGUGAACUUUUUUUUUUUUUUUUGGUUAUCAGUUUUAUUUUUUUAUUUUUAUUUUUUUUGCCCUACCUACCACCAAUACUUGUGCAACAAUAAGCUGAUUAAAUGUUCCCUUGCAACCACCAUGCUCUAAUUUUUUAAAACAUAAUUUUUCUUCCUGUUCCAUCGUGUUCUUUUUAUUUUUUUCUUACCUGAUGGGUUUUUCUCUCUUGCUCCCGCCCCCUCCCUCCUCUCUCCAAAUGAAUCAGGGUUUGACUGCCACUUUAUAUUUCAGUACAAUCAGGAACAGAUGUGUCAUGCCCCUCCGUGUCCAUUUGGGGGCAGCAUUGCCAUGCUUUAUAGGUUUAUCUGUGCCAACAGGGUUGAAGGAUCCUACAGGCAAUGUUGGACUUGGAACUGGGAUAAUAAAGCUUCAGUUGUUUAACUAUUUUUCAUUCAGAUCAACAAAAUCUCUAUUUUUUGGCUUACUACUGACAAUUUUCAUUUCAGAAACUUUUUUCUGGAGCCUUACUUUGUUUUUAAAUUAUCAGUGACUUCUCAAAAGAACUGCUCAAACAGUGACACUGCUGGAGAAAUCAGGGAAAGUGUGAAGUCACACAGGACUUAAGACAUUUCUGAACAGGAAGGGCUUUUGGGGAAGAAACAACGAAUAUGUCCUUCACAACCAAAACUCUCACCAUUUAAAUCAAAAAUUGUACUAAUGACACUUUUACAGCCCUCCUUUUUUCUUUGUUUUUUCUUUUUAUAAAUUCUUUUUGAUGUUUGUCCUCAAAGUGUCCUCUUUGUGUUUAACAACAGAAUCUGCUUGUCUACAAAACCUAAGCAAUUUGUCAAAUCCCCCACCUUCAAUUGCUUUGUUAGAAUUACAUAAUGAUGUAACUGCUCAGUUUAACUAAUUGUUGCUCUCGUAUUUUUGUUACACAAAGUAGGGGGAGGGAGGGUUUAAAUAUGUCCAUUCACCGUCAUUCUGUCUUAAUCCUGUUUUUUUUUUUUUUCCUAAAAUUUGGUUUUUGCUAAUUCUUUCAUGUUGGUCGUAAUGCUAAGCUUUAGGAGUCUAUAGGAGUCUAUAUAUUCACGGAGAAAGCCUAAAAAUGUAUAACCUAAAAAAUAAUGUAACUGAUUUACUAUCAACUAAGAAAAAAAUAAGAAUGAAAUGUGGUUUCUGUGUGAUUUUUGGUUAUUUCAAAUAUUUUUUUUAGUCUGGAUCUACUGAUCUUGAUAAAGAAAGGUCUGAGCUAUGAGAAAAGAAAAAAAAAUCCUUGAGAAAACUACAAUUAUUAAGAUGUGUGUGCCGAUGCAUGGCAAGCUGAAAUACAGUAAGUCUGCUGAAGAUAUCUGAAGAGAAUGUCCUCCAUGUGGCUUGCCCCUGAAGGUGACAGUGCUGUUUACUAGUUUUAAAAAAUAAAAAGGUAUGGACCUCUUUUUACCCCUUCUUUAGCACAUUCAUAGUAAGAACACAGCAUUUAAGAAAAUCAAAUUUCUUCCCUUUGAUCAUGUUGUGAUGUAGGUGUUUUUGGCUUUCAAGGUUACCGUGGUGCGGAGCGAACAGAUCUGCUGCUGCUUUUAUUUGACAAACUCAUUUUUGUCUUUUUUUCAAUCUGAUGUAGCCUCAAAUGAACUAGAAUCCCGCUUUAAAAAUUCUAUUGAAAAAUGUUCUUUAAUUAUUCAAGAUGAAAUGAGUAAUGUUGUCACCUGUGUUAUUAUUGUGGCCAGAAGUUUAUGUUUGUGUUUUCAGGUUAUAGUUGAUGAUGUAUAUUCUUUGAUUUGUUUUGAUUUUUUUUCACUUUGCCCUAUUAACAUUGAAAUGGCCCGAGCAAUGCACUUUACAGAAGUCUCUGGAGUAUGAACUGUAAGCUUCAGAGAGGAAGUCAGUUUGUGACACCGCAUUGUCUUCUUACUUGGCCAGUGUAAUCACCCCUCAUAGCCUGUAAUCUUCGUUAUAAUUUUACUUGCACUAACUGAUAGCUAGGUUGAUCGAAGCAAUAUAGGAGACGUGCAAGUUCACCAACUGCACGUAGAAUCGGGCAGAGGUGAGACGCUAAAGGAUGUCACAGGAAUGCUUUAUUGCCUCUGAGGGUUGGUAGCUGGCUGGGAUUAAAGUACAGAACUUACAUGUACAUUAAGGUUAAUUGCAAGACAUUUGAUGUAAGGGGUUGUCUGGUCAGCCGCAGAUGCCGGCACGGCUGAAGGAUCCAUUAUAUGAAACACUAAACCUCUGAUUAUCUAAAAAGCCACAGCUGUAGUGGACACAACUUGUUCAAAAGGAUCCAUCUUGGUUUUUCUUUGCAAAAGAAGUCAAGCCUUAAUAAACUUAGUUUAGAAAUCA